GAAUUUGUUCUUACUUUUCAAAUUUCAAAAUUAGGUCUAAUUGUUAAUAUUGUUAUUUUUUGUUAAAUUUAGGUUAAUUACAAAAUCUUUUUUAAUUACAUAGCUACCGCAACAACUUGUUUAACAAAAAAAAAGUAUUAACAUUUAGACCUGAAAUUUGAAAUCUAAAAAGUAGAGAGAUUAGUUUCGUAGGAAUACAAGCACAAGGACUAAAUUUUCAAAAUUUAAAAAGUACAAGGACUAUAGGCACAUUUUAACCAACAAAUAUCAAUAAAAUUUUAUUAAAAUCCUUCCCACAACCUUAACGAAUAACGAUCCAGAACUGAAAAAACGACAAAAACGAAUUAAAAAAAAAAUCCCCACAAAUUUCUCCUCAAAUUCUCGCGAUUUACUCACUUACCAGCGCCUCAUCUACCAUUUCCCAUAUCAGUAACUUCCAGAACUGUACGAGUCAAAUCAGGAAACUACCGUUUUGAAAUUCCUAUGUUACCCCCAAGAUUUUGUUAAGAUUCGCAUAAUUUCAGUCAUUACCUACGUGGCAACCCCGAAACGUAUUACAGCUGUAUUAGCUUCCAAACGGUUACUGGUCAAUACCAGUGCCAUUAAGGCUUAUUACCUGUAUUACUUUACCGGCCCUAUCAGUUACCUGUACCUAUCCCGUUUAAAAACCCUCCUUUCUUCUUCUUCCUUUACAAAUAGAUUUAAAUCGCAGGCGCCGGAGAAUAACCAACGAAGACCGCCGUCGGAAUUUGGAUUUAAUGGGUCAGGAUAUUGAUCGGGUACGGGGACCAUGGAGUCCUGAGGAGGAUGAAUUGUUGAGGAAGUUGGUGCAGCGGUAUGGUCCGAGGAACUGGACGGUGAUUUCGACGUCGAUUCCCGGUCGAUCGGGGAAAUCGUGUAGAUUGCGGUGGUGUAAUCAGCUUUCGCCGGAAGUAGAGCACCGUGCCUUCACGGCGGAGGAAGAUCGGAUUAUUAGGAAAGCGCAUGCCUUGUACGGGAACAAGUGGGCGACCAUCGCGAGAUUACUGAACGGGCGUACGGACAACGCCGUUAAGAAUCACUGGAACUCGACGUUGAAGCGUAAGUUUAUCGAGGAUUCGGAAUCGGAGAAAAAACCAGCUAAAUCGCCGAGGACGGCGAGUAGUAGUAGUCCGUCGCGUUCUGACGCGAACGAUUUAGGACUCGGUGUCGUUGCCGAUGAGUUGAGUCAGUGCUCUCGUGUUUCGACUAAGCUUACACUCCGAAGUUCUUGGAACGAAUCGGUCGAUUUGAACAACGAUGAUGAUCACUUGUCGAAAGAAAAUGACUUGAAAUUAACAUCAGAAAAGCACGAGAAUGAUUCGUCGGCGACGGUGGCGGCGGCAAUGCUUCCACCGGAAAUAUUGGCGGCGGCAAUGCUUCCACCGGAAAUAUUGGCGGCGAUAAAGGAGAUGAUUAAGAAAGAAGUGAGGGGUUACAUGGAAGAGUUUGGAUUUAGAAGUGAAAGCGUGAAGAAUGCCAUUGGAAAUAUUGAAUAAAGGGAAAUUUGAAGGUUUAAUUCCAAAAUUGGCCCUCAAAGCAUACCACUUUUCUCAUUUAAGUACCUAAUUUUUUGCCAAAAUGAUACUUAAACUAUCAAUUUCAUCUCAUUUCACCCUUGAAAAUGUAACACUUCCAAUAAAAAAAUGUCACAUGUCAUGUUUUUAUUGGUUGAUAUCGGGGUAAAAUGAGACUAGAUUUAAUAGUUUAAGUACAAUUUUUGACAAAAAAAUGUACCUAAGUGUAAAUAUGGUAUAGUUUAAGGAUCAAUUUUAUAUUUUGAUUAAUAAAGCGGGAUCUAAAAUGACGACAACAAAAACAAAAGAGAAAACUUUAAGGAUGUAUAAACAUAAAACGAAACAC